GGCGGGGCUGCGGCUCGCUGCGCACGCGCCCUGCGGCGCCGACCCCCGUCCCGCCGCACGCUGGGCCGUGGCGUCACUCCGGCACCUGCCCUCGCUCGACGCGGAGCCCGGAAGCGUCCGACCGGGCAGCACAGCUGAUGGAGAAGAGUUCCGGGACAAGUUUAGUUCCGGGGGCUCCUCCGCACGAACCGCGGCCGCCGCCUCGGCUGCAACAAUGAUCCCGAUCCCGGUGGUGGUGUGCGUGCUCGGGGGCUGGUGCGCCAUCUACCUGGCGGAUACGCUGCUCAAGUCGUCCGACUCUCUGAAGGCAUCUUAUGAAGACUGGCUGCUGACAUAUGGCUUGAGCGUCUCCCCUUUUCACAUGCGAUGGCAAACGGCUCUCUUCAACCGCCAGUUCUACAACUGGGGGAGAUGGAAACCCAGAUUUCUGUACUUAUGGUUCAACAUAGGAAUGGUGUUUGGUAUAGUUGCCAUGUUUGGCUCUGUUAUUCUUCUCGGAAAGACAUUGAUGCAAACACUGACACAGAUGCUCACCGAGGCACCAAAAGCCCAGAAUGAUCGUAUGCUGCAAGUUGUGGUGCCUGGUGUAAAUUUGCCUGUCAGCCAGCUGACCUAUUUCUUCUCUGCAAUCCUCAUCAGUGGUGUGAUACAUGAAGUCGGCCAUGGGGUGGCAGCUAUUCGAGAACAAGUGCGAUUUAAUGGAUUUGGGAUUUUUAUCUUCAUUGUCUAUCCUGGAGCAUUUGUUGAUCUCUUCACAACCCACUUACAACUGAUAUCUCCAGUCCAGCAAUUAAGGAUAUUUUGUGCAGGAGUGUGGCAUAAUUUUGUUCUUGGUGUUGCAAGUUUCAUGGUUUUAUUUCUGCUGCCAGCCAUCCUUUUCCCUUUCUAUUACACGGGUGUUGGAGCACUUGUAACGUAUAUUGCAGAGGAUUCUCCUGCCAAUGGGCCAAGAGGUCUUUUUGUGGGAGACCUUGUCACUAACCUACAAGACUGCCCAGUCUAUAGCGUAGAAAACUGGAAUUCCUGUCUGGGAGACAUUUCAGCAAAGUCACAGGUCGGCUACUGUGUAAGUGCAGCCACCCUACAGCAAUUAAGCUUUCCAGCUAGAGUCUAUAGGAGACUCGAUGGCACAGUUGAAUGUUGCAGUAACAACAGCCUCACAGACAUUUGCUUUUCAUAUAGUAAUAACUUGGACAGCCACCUGUAUGCCUGUCUGCCAGCACGAAAAGUUAUUGAAGCCAGCAGAGUCUGUCAAACCAACAUGGACUGCCAGAAGGACCUUGUUCCAAGCUUUUGUGUGACUCCUUCUUUAGAGAACCAAACAAGGCUAAUCAGGGUAAAACAUCCACCCCAUAUUGAUAUGCUGUAUGUAGGACACCCAAUGCAUCUUCAGUACACAGAGUUACCGACUUCUUUUAGCUUGGUAGUGAAGUAUUUGACGCAGGAUGCCAUAGUCAAGGUAAGUGAAAUGACCUCUCUGUGUGUUGAGACCAGUCCUAUGUGAAGAACUGAAAAAGUCAGAUCUUUGAAUGACAUGAAGGUGAUGUUACACUUCACAACCUUUUGAUUUCUAUAUACAGGCCAGCCCACAGCUGGACACAUUCCCUGGCUAGUUCUGAACAAGCUCACUUAGGUAUCCAGACGCUGUCUGGGGCUGUGUUAGCAUGGUGUAACCAGGUUGUUUAGAUUUAUUGGAGAAUGAAGCUUUAUUGCCCUUGUUUCUUGGGCAAGCUCAUCUAGAGUUAGCCAGGUUGUUUGUACUGAGAACUAAAUUGUCCUUUGUUGCUUGUUGGACAAGCUGUUACUUUAUGCAAGCAGAGCUGUUUCAGCAAGCAUGGCUUUGUUCCCAGAUAAAAGAUUACCAUGAGAAAUAGGCACACAGCACAGAUUGGACACAUUGGUAGGGUUUCCCAGAUGAGUCACUAUGCAAUUUACUGAAUACUUGCAUGAGGAGAUGGUGCUUUUUUCCCUCUUUUUCUUACUCGUGUUAAAGGUAGAUACAGUAGUUUGUUUCCUGAAGCAUUUAGGUUUCUAGGAGGGUCCUGAGGCUUUCCAGUUGAUUCUGAAAAUGUUAUCCCUUAUUCUGAUUAUGUAUAUUCUGUAGUCUAGGAUAAAAGCAGUGAUGUCUUAAUGUCACCUUCAGGAACGUUGCCUUAAUCACUAAUAUAAUUUCAGGAUAAGGUUUAAAAAGAAAUACUGUACGAGUCUUGCUUCUGGUAACUUUAUAAAGAAGGCUUUAUAUAAUUCUUCAUCUGAUCAUACCAGUUUGAAUCAUCAAGCAGAAGCAUUCCUAAACAUCUUUAGUAGAUCUGUAUGCAUUGAACUCACUUAAUUCUUAUCUAAGAUUUUCAUGAGCUUUUGAUGUGAACUACCCAAUUAAAUACAAUUUAAGGUUUGAUUCUAAUCUUACAGUGGUAAGAUGGGAGAAUCCACAACAUUCCUGAGGUCUGAGCAGCAGUCACCCAGACUUCUGACUUUUCCCUUCUUUUUGCCUCAGACGGAUGUGGGUCUAGUGUUCACUUUGAUGCUUUUAAGGCUCCAGUGUUGUUGAAAUAGAAUUGGAGGUUCUUACCAAUUAGAUAUCUUAUUCUCUACAUUUCUGAUUAAUUCUACGUCUUUUUAGUUUUUUGCAAAUAUAGUAGUGGCUGAGUACUAUGUAACUGCCACUUCUGACAGUCUUGAAAACACAUGGUCGUACAUCUUUUUUCAUUUCCCCUGGGAGGAAUCUUUCAAACCAAAAAGAAAUACUUUUUUAUUUUUUGUUAAACAUGAUCCUUUUUACUUGCUUUUGUACCAUGAAAGUCUCUAUCUUUUCCCCUUUCACAGCUCUGUGAGGAUCUCUAUGAAAGUAUUACCAGAUAUUUUUUAAAGUCUAAAUUCCUCUAAGCCUACUGAAUUUGUUCAGUUACCCACAUAGGCAUCUGGUGUGGUCCAAGAUAUCCUAGGGUGUUCUUGGGUUCAUAACUUGAUGUGGAACAACGUUUUGAAACUUAUCCCCCAGUUGCAUCCUUUUUACUCCUGUUGGUUUAGGGCUUAGGGUUUCUAAGACCUACACAUGGGGCUGGCAGAUGUGGGUGAGGCCCUAUGGGAGAUCAAAGACAUUCUGGACCAGCAGCUAGAUGCUAGGAGGGGUACCUGAGGACAUUUUGUAUCACGCUGGAUGCUUAUAUGUGGGCAAGAAAUCAAGCCAGACUGACUCCUUUUCUUGCCUUGCAUUUCUUUUCUUUUUUGACUCAUGUGGAAUAUAAGGCUCUUUGAGUUGAGUUUUAUUUGACAUAAAAAUACAUCUAAGCUUUUAUGUUUGUGCAUAAUAGUGCUAUACAGGCUGGUUUAUAAAAGUUAGGCUAGCAGAAUACAUGCAUGCUCCUCCUGCUCUGGACCUUAGGUCUGGAAGCAGCAGCAAUGAGUAUUCCUGCCUUACCUACAGCAAGAAAAGGGAAAAGGAAGGCUUAUUUUAUCAGGAAGAUACCAUCUGUUUCCAGAUGUGGAGCGGUGGUAGCAGCAGCGUACAGGUUUACAGGAAGCGAUGAGGAGGCACCAGGUGGAGGCAAGGCUGCGUGAGGGGGCUGUGAUCAGCCUGGCCAACUGCCACAGUGGUGUACUUAACUCAGUUUCCUUGCAGAACAAAAGAAGUGGUGAGACUUACAGUUAGGAACAGGAUAAAAUCAGGGAAGGGAUGUGAUAGAGAGAGGUGGCUAGUUCAUUUUACAGAAUCUUUAACUGAGAAAGAGAGCAUGUAUACUUUACAAGUGGAGGGAAGUGCUGUUCAGUAACUCCACAAUAAGCACUUUUCCUACUUUUUUUUUUUUUUCUUGAAACAUUUAUAGAGCUGACCUGCAAAUAAAACUAACAAACGUCCAUCCUUGGUAGAAACAUCCCAUGCGGUAAGAUCAGAGGGGCAAUGAAAGCCUGUCCUAGACAGCAGUUCAGGGCAUUUAGACCUUGGAGUCGUGGCGCUCUCCCUAUUUAAGGAUCAGGCUCAAUCUUACUUUCAGUUAGUCUGGAUGUAAAGUCAGAAUUUUUCUCACGUUUCCACAUUCCCUCUUCGGCACAAACUUGACCUCACAGAUGCAACUAUUAAGAAAAAUUAAUCAAUCAAUUUCUAUAAUGUUUUGCCCUUUGGCUUUUUUUUCAUUCCUGCAGCUAUUUAAAUGACUAGCAGAAACCAGGCCAAACCACCUGUAUCUCUAUCAUCGCUGCAAAAUCAACAAAGCCAGAUUAUGAACAUGCAUUGUAAACCACAAAUUCCUGAGUACUUACCACUGGCUAUACCAACAAACUUUUCUUUUUCACACUGCAACUGUUUACCAUUCUUUAUUAGAUGAUUGAAUUUAUUCCCUAGCGAUGUUCUGCGAGGCAUUUGCAAUGCUCAGCGUGUUGUGGCACUGAAGGAAAAAAUGGGCAAACCAAAACUUGUAUAGUAUGCUUUUUACAGCUAGACAAAAUUCACUGUUUCAUAUACUGGACCAGCGCAGGCAAGUUAUUAUUUUGUCAUAUAUGAAGGCUUUGAUUAUUUUUCCAGUAUUUAUCUCCAAAGUUACUCCUAAGGAGAGCACUUCAGUAGUUAACCUAACUGACUUCUGCAUACCACUUUAACUGCAAUUGAAUGUAAAUGAACCAGAAGUCGAAAUAUUAUAGUAAUAGUUAUGACAACUUUAGCAUAUUACCAAGCAGUAUUUUUUCAUAAAUGUGCAGAAACCUGUUGUUUACUUGAGACUUUACCUAACUGGGAACUGCACAAUUUUAUCUUGACAUGAAAAUACCAAAAGCAAUUCUGAAGAAAACAUCUCAGCUUUCGCUUACCAUGCACAAAGGAUGGUGUAAAAUUUAAAUUGUAUCAUUUAAUGACAUGAUAUUAAAUGUGACACUAAAUGUGAUACAUCACUCCGUUCUCAUAUAUGUGAUUCCCCAGUUUGUUUCUCAUGCUCUAUACUGAGUCAAAUGCCAGUGAAUGCAAAUUAUUUGCAUGAGCUCUUAUAGCUCUACAGUGUACCUGAAGGCAUUAAGGUUGCAGCCAAACGAGGCGUCCAGGUUUGGUGAACUUAGUUCAUUAUAGUAACAAGGAGAAAAAAACCCUCUAGAUAGUGAAUGUAGCUGAUUAAGGAGUCAUGAAACCAAACUUGUCAUACUCUGAUGUAAAAUAGCAAAAAGAAUCCAGAAAAGGAAUGGUCAUGCAGGUUUAAAAAAUACUAAUUUCUAUUAUUAAUUACAAAUAAAUAUGUAAAUAACUUGGGAAAAUGCCCCUUAAAUGAAGACACUCUUCUAGAUCAAAAGGGUGCUUUGAAAUGCAAAAUGAACCUCUUUUCUUCUGCCAUGGGUUUGUGUAUACACACAGAUGCUAAUUUGAUAAGCACUUGGUUAACUUCCGCUGACCUGGACUGACACCAGCUUCGAUAAAAAUAGUGAUUGUUAGUGGCCUUGAAAGCUGUGAAACAUACAGGCUGCAGCUACAGCGAAGGCAGCUGAAAUGGCAUUGUCAGAUCCAUAAACCAGAGCUUGCAGUAAAGAAAAGUGGUUUAGCAGCUCCGUAUGGGUCCAAGACACAAAGCAUCGCGUGGGGCAGCCAGCCCUUGCACCCUGUCAGGGCCAGGCUCGGGAAGGGACCUACCGUCCCAAGGAGCGACUUAGCCCAGUGGAGCUCACUAAACUCUACAGUUAGGACCUCACUUACCCUCAGGUCAACAGGCCUCCAGAACUAGCUCAGAUUUUUACCCAAAGUAGCCCCAAAGUCUUCCACACGUGCCCAGCCCUGCCGCAGCAGAGGAGCUCACACACUGUGUCCGGGCUGGGGUCUGGCCAUGACCCAUGCCGUCCCUAUGGCCACAGAGGCUCAGCCAAGCACUUGGUCUCAGCAUGGAAUUUUUAAAUCAAGCAUCCCACAAAAUGCAGCGGGGGUUAGUUCUGUCAUUGAAAAUGCGGUGUGCACGGGUAAGAGCCGGAUACAGCAGAUGGGAGACAGUCUGGACACAAUCCAAUGUCUAUUCAGUGAAUCACUGUCCAGACCAUGUAUCUAAUGCUAUAGGUGAGUUCAAAGUCUUGCCAGGACCUACUUACAAUCUCCAGGAUAGAGCCACGAUGUUUCCAGGAAUGUUUUAUAUUGUUUCUUUUGGGUUUUGUGGUUUUUUUUAAUCUUUGCUGUGUUUGUUUUAGAGCAUAAAGGGUUCGGCAUCCGGGACCAUCAAUACCAUGCAGCAGGCUGUGUGGGGAUGCUUCCUCUAUGCAUACAAGCCGUGUAAGAAUGAGGUGUUUUCUUGUUGGAGAGGAAUGUUAAAGAGAUACUGUCAAUUUUAAGCUUUGGGAGAAAAUUACUAUUGUUUUAUAGAAUAACGGUGCUUUAAUAUUUGAAUAGCUGUUCUGCUUUUCUACAGUAUUUGCUGAAAUACCUUUUCUAUGUUAAAAAAAUAAUCUAACUUUCUUUGCAGCCUAGGAAAUGUACAACUUUGGCCAUGGAACCUUAUGAACAAAGGAGCUUUGAAAUGGGCUGUCUCUUCAGCUGCUCCAGAUGUUUGACCUGGAUGUACCAUUGAGAAGAAACUGUGGCAAGCUUGUUGCUGAUAAAAGUUUGCUGUUCUCCAGCCAUAAGGAAAGUCCUCUGUCUGAAGAACAGUUUAAAUUAUUAGCCAGUUUGGUAUCUGAAAUUUGAAAUUUCUGCUGGUGCAGCCCAGGCUUUGGAAUGUUUUCUUAAUGAAAUCUUAACACUGCAGUGAGACAAUUAGACCUGAUACCAGAAAAUUGUAGGUCCAGAGUAAAUGGUGUCCAUGAAGUAAGCACCAAAUAUGAUAUUCACAUGAAAACAGAGCCAAAUUAUGCAUGAAUAAUAAGGCUGUAAUCAAUUUGAAAAUAUAAAGGGCUCCUUUCUUACAUCCUUAUUUGCCACAGACGUGAUCUAGCUACACUGAUGUCAGUGGGAAACAUCCUGCCCCAUUUGGAGUGGAAUGUCGAGUAUUAAAGUAGUAGUAGAAUAAGAUGACAUGGCCUAAGCAACAUGACAGAACUGGACCUGCUGAGGUAGGAAAACAGUUUCCUUGCCCUAGUUUCUUCAAUCUGUAGAAUGAAGCAAGGGAUUUCCCUUGUUAGAAGUAACCUAUUUUGCAAAGCUCCUUACUUGUGUACUGUUAAGACACAGGCCUAUUCUUCUAAGCACAUCUUGUAAAAGUUAUUUUGUCUUGAAGCAUAAGGAUGUAGCAAUCAAAUGGAAUUUGGAAGUUUUUCUCUGCUGUGGACUGUAACAAGCUUUCAAGGCUGCUGGUCAAUGGAACGGUGUGCUGCUGUGAGGGGAGGAAUCCAGGGAUUCAACCCCACCUAGCUUGAGUCAUUUGCUUUAGGCAUUUGGACAGUCAUCUUUUCCUCUCUUUACAGCCGGUAAAGAGAGCAAGAGCACCACAGAGAGCCGUCUGAGAAGCGAUCAUGCUGUGGGGCUGCUUCUCACCCAACGCACUACAGACGCAGCCCAGGUACGCAGCCCAGGUACAGCCUGCUCCACAACCAUGUUGAAGAAGGAAUAUAUUCACAUAUAGGAUUGCUCAGAGCAUCUAGAGAGGCAGCAUAAAGUGUAACAGGAUAAAACAGUACCCCAAAACCCCCAUAUAAGUAACUUGAAACCAAUGAGUAUUGCACUGCUUUAUUUCUUCUCUUUCCUUGGUCCAUAGCACGUUAAUGAAUAAAAUGUUUUGCAUGAAUAACACCGUUUAUUCAGUAAGGCUGAUUACCUUACUCAAAAGGUCUUUAUUCAUGCAUGUCACAUUCCUCUAAAGAAUGUUUUAGAACAGGUUCUAAGGAUGGUAAGUAUCGGUCUGAAUCAUUCCUGAUUUUAAAAGUUUAGUUUAGCAACAAAGUAUCACUUCUUAUAUAUGCAUGUGUCAUUAAGACCACUGAAACACAAUGAUGAACAACUGGUAAUUGCUAGGUAUCUGGCAUUAUCCAUCUCUUCUUAUUUUAAAGUAAAAAUUACAAUAAAAUGAGUCAGAAAGGUAGAUAAUAAUGCUUGACGAUAUUGAUGAUUAAGACAGUGGUUUAGAAAUCACCCUAGCUAGGAUAGGCUUAGAAAUAAGUCAAAUGUAUGCUUAAAGACAAGGAUUCUCAAUUAUAUGUGUGGCCUCAAAUGUCCCCUUUCCACCUUCCAUGCUGCUGUAGCUAUAAAUAAUUACGUUUUUACCUACAGAAUUGUUCACUAGCCUUUUCUUUGUCUUUCUGCCAAGAUCAAGACUGAAGAUCGGGAAGCCAGUUAGAAAUACAUCUUCACUGUCACAUCCAUCACCAGUUUGACGCUGAAUUCACAACCCAUGUUUCUUCUACCUCCUGCCUUUUCCAGCACCUCCCCCACCUCCCCAUCUUGACUUCUCAUUCUCAGUAACAAAUCCAGAACCACUUGCAGAGUUAUUAGUAUCUGCCUGCCUUUGUUUUGCCAGUAAAAACACGUUUCUUAAAUGAAAAAGCGAUAAUUUCUCAGCAAGCCAUUCCUAUGCAGUCAGGAGGAAGGAAAGGAGGAGGAAGGUAUCUGUGCGUUUUGCUCUUGGUUUAGCUGAGGACUUCAUUAGCAAAUAUAUUUGUCAACCUUUCUGUUCUUUAGAUCUCUCCAAAAGAAAUGACUGUGGUGAUAUGAUUGAGAAGGACUGUUUACAGCAUUAUGACUCCUUACCUAAUUAUGUUUGGUUUGCCAGCUGUGUCAUCUAUUUGAAAGGCUGCACUUCUGGCUGGGGAUUAUUAACAGCUUAUAUAUACCAGGUUAUAUACUUUCAUACAAUCCAUGGCUUAAUGCUUUAUCUCCCUUGAGGGCAUUAGACAUGUUAAGGUAAAACCUUGUUGAAGGGUAAUUUGCUUUAGGAAGAAAGAGGUUGUUGCAGUGAAUAAGCAUUACAUACAUCACGUAAAGAUGUGGCCAAGAUUCUGGAAAGGGACUACUGAAUCUGGGUAUGUUUUAGGAUUCCCGUUCUUAAGGAUUUACUUUUCCAGUGCAACAGAGCAGCAAAUCAAGUCCUUUAAAAAGAGCCAACUUGCACACCAGAAACAUUGCUUACUACACAUUAAUAUUUGUGUUCAUAUCUGUGAAUGUUUGUGAUUUACUUCUUAUUGAAGGAAAACAGGAAAAGGUUGGAAAAACUGAAGCAUUGCCAGUAAGGGCACUGACCACAUUGUUAUAUACUAUCACGCUAGUUUCCUGGGCAGCUGAAAUAACAGCAGCCUGGUUUAGUGCCCUUAAACCAGUUUCUACUGGUUGAUUGUAACUCCACAGUAAAGCCUGCAAUACAGCUCAGCAAAGUCGGCAGCACCUUAGCUGUGACACCAAGUAACUAUGGCAGAUGCUGAGAAAAUCUCCACAUCUGCCCAGGCUUGGUUUGGCUUCUAGGAAAACCAGGGAGAUGGCACUCUAAGUUGCAAAAUAUUUCCACCAUUAACAAAUCAGACUAAGUAUUACAAGGUCUGAAUUAAACUCUCAGCUCAGCUGCUGUAAAACAGGAGCAAUAAUGUUUUGAUGUUUUGCUGAUCCCUUUUACUUUCAGUACUUGGAUCGUACAUUCUCUGGGUAGAAAGUCCCCUUUCUGAGUGCAGUGACAUGAGGAUGUGACUCAGAUCGGAGAAGAGGGCCUCCAGGUGUUGGUGCAAAGGUGGUUUGAAAGUAGUGUGCACUAGAAAGACUGCCUUCUGAAAAAGAUACUAGCUCUUAAACAUCUCUGUCACGCAGUCCAAACAUCAGUAUGCAUUUUGAAAACUAAUUCAGUCAAGAAGUCACCAACAGUGCAGGCAGAGCAAGAAAAAGGGGUUGUAAACAGCAGAGAAAUCGGAAACUGAUGGAAUGAAUAUCAUACGAAGGACUUGCAGCAGGAGGGGAUGAAAAUGACUGGCAUCAAACAGAAUGAAGUAUGGCUUAGGAAAAGAGGAAAGUAAGAACAAUCUAAGAACAAACUGCUUGAUUCAGAACAGGUCGGGCAAGUCACUGAAUGGGAAGACAGAGAAAGCCCCGCUGAUUCCUAAAUAACGGAUAAAGAUGCUAAGAUGAAUGGAAGAUAUUAAGGUGAAUUAGGUAUCAAAGAGCUAUGGACAAUCAGGGCUGUGUGGUGAGUUGACCCUGGCUGGACACCAGGUGCCCACCAAAGCUGCUCUGUCACUCCCCUCCUCAGCUGGGCAGGGGAGGGAAGAUACAAUGACAGGCUUGUGGGUCAAGAUAUGGUCAGGGAGAGAUCAUUCAGCAAUCGCCAUCAUGGGCAAAACACUCGACUUGGGGAAAUCAGUUUAAUUUAUUAUCAAUCAAAUCAGAGCAAGGUAAUGAGAAAUAAAACAAAAUCUUAAAAACACCUUCCCCCCACCCCUCCCUUCUUCCUGGGCUUAACUUUAUUGCAGAUUUUCUCUACCUCUUCCCCUGAAGCGGCACAGGAGGACUGGGAAUGGGGGUGUCGGUCAGUUCAUCAUAUGUUGUCCCUGUUGCUCCUUCCUCUGCAGGGGGGAAGGACUCCUCACACUCUUCCCCUGCUCCAGCGUGGGGUCCCUCCCAUGGGAGAGAGCCCUCCAUGAACUUCUCCAGCAUGAGUUCUUCCCAUGGGCUGAAGUUCUUCAUGAACUGCUUCAGUGUGGGUCCCUUCCAUGGGGUGCAGUCCUUCAGGAGCAGACUGUUCCAGCGUGGGUCCCCUGCGGGGUCACAUGUCCUGCCAGAAAACCUGGGCUCCUCUCUCCAUGGGGCCACAGGUCCUUCCAGGAGCCUGCUCCAACACAGGCUGCCCAUGGGGUCACAGCCUCCUUUGGGCAUCCACCUGCUCCAGCAUGAGGUCCUCCGUGGGCUGCAGGUGGAUAUCAGCUCCACCAUGGACCUUCAUGGGCUGAGAGGCACAGCCUGACUUACCAUGGUCUUCGCCAUGGGCUGCAGAGGAAUCUCUCAUCUGGUGCCUGGAGCCCCUCCUGCCCCUCCUUCUGCACUGACCUGGGUGUCUGCAGAGCUGUUGCUCUCAUAUUCUCACUCCUCUCUUCAGCUAGUGUUGCCCAGUUGCACAGCAACAUUUUCCCCUUUCUUAUAUAUGUUAUGACAGAGGUGCCAUCACCAUCACUGACAGGCUUGGCCUUGGCUAGCGGUGGGUCCAUCUUGGAGCCAGCUGGCAUUGGCUGCGUUGGACAUGGAGAAGUUUCUAGCAGCUUCUCACAGAAGCCACCCCUGUAGCCCCUCACUAUGAAAACCUUGCCAUGCAAACCCAACACGUGCAGCAAAUGAAAAACGAAGCUGAAGGAGGGGAAAUAAUUGGGAGAGCAUUAAAGAAGAAGGCUUCCAUUCAGCAGAUGUGAAGUGAUGAUCACACAAAAGAAGAGAAAAUGGAACUGAGAAGAUGGGAUUUUCAGAGGGGGAAUGGGAGAGAUGACUGGGGCUUAACACUGCAGAAGGGAUGUAAGGAUUAAGGAAAGGUCAUAUAGACAGCCAUUUCUUCUCCUUCAUUCAGAGGUGGGUCAUCUUUUUUGUCUUUUUACGUCCCUGUCUUAUUAGUUAGACAGCACUUUUGUAUUUACAUGACAGUUGCAUUACCUGUUUUUAACAUUUGUUAUUUCAAGCAGCUUGCAAUGUGACCUUAGGGGAGGUUUCAGAUUUUAUAGCACCCUUUUACCUACCCACCACCUGUUCUCAUGCAAUUUCCAGUUCAUUCCUGCCAUGACUGAAAUGCUGCAUGAUAGCAUCUUUGCAAAGCCUACAGAGCAGCACAGGGCCAAAAGCAUCUUAUUGCUUCUCAGUUUGCAUUUCCUUAAAGUUGGUUUAAUCCCAUGUAUUUAGUGCUGUAAGGAAGCAAUUUCAGAAAAUUAAACAGGAAUUUCCCUAUGUGUUUAAGUCAUAUCAGUGAGGAUAGGUUUUUGUUUGUGGUUAAAUAUUUCCCUGCAGUGUUUACCGAUUAAACAUUCAAGGCACACAGGGAAAGUGAUUGUGAGCUUGAUUGAAAGCCAGCUGAAAAGAGAGAAAAUGUCAUUGAUUCAGCUGGGGUUUAGAAUUGAUAAAACAAGUUCAGAGACUGAUUUGUAAAUAAAUGUGUGCAUUUCACUAAUA